AUGACCCAAAUUUGCGUCCGGAUCUCUUGUGGUCCAGUUGGAGGUAAGCUUUGCUUUAUGGCCACUUCAUUCAUUGGAUACAUCCCAACACUCCCUGGAAGCCCUCACGAGACCGACCAUCGAUACAACCGCCCAGCGGACUCUACUGCCUCAAGAUCAACGGCCAUCGCUCCCCAUGGGCACAUCUCCCACCAGCACAAUCGAAAUGAGACCCCCAGCCCUGGCGGUGACCAGCCAUGGCGCAAAAAAACUUCCCCGCCCACUGCCGCCUACAGCACCAACCAGGAUGGUCAGGGUGUGGGCUACGCCACCAUAAACUACAGUGCAACCAUGUCGACAUCUGGGUCUCUUCCGCGUCCAGCAGUUAUGCCACCCCGCCCAAGGAUGCUCUUCGCCUCGACAACCACCAUUAGCCUCUUCACUCAGUCACAGUCGCCUCAGAGUCGUUUAAACGCACGCCCAAGUGACGAAGCCAUGCCUUUUACCUCUGGCCUUCCUCAUGUCAUCGAUGGACCCAGCAACUAUCAGUUGAGCCCCAUUGACCCUCAGCGGCAAUUCCCCCACCAUCACGAUCCCGAGAUUUAUAAGGCGUCAACGCCUGCUGGGCCAGUCCGUUCGACUCGCCAAGAGCGCCGCUCCGCACCCUACAGAGACCACGAAGGGCCAAUCGCCAGCAGCAGCUCUCACAGUUUCGCCAUCGACGCAGCUCGUCCCGGCCAUCCAGGAUCGCAUACAUCCCCGCCUACUCAGAGGAGCGCCCAUUCCACUACCCUCUCUGGCGUCCUACAGACGCCCAUCGAAUUCGACGUACGCUUUCAUCAGGCCAACUGUCCUUCCUGGAGGAUCGGCAGCACUAACUAUCCUCACCCCAAGGGGGACGUUGAACCCCUGACCCAAAGGCAUCGCAAACCCGCUGGAGGAAAGAAGGGAAAGCGCAAAGCGGGGGAGGGUAGCAGCAGCUGA